AACCGUAAUAAAAUUGGGGUAAUUUCAGAGCCAUUUUUUGUAAUAAUAAUUUCAUGCUUUCCUUCCUAAAAUGUUCUACUCAAGUAAUUCACUCAAGAAUGAAUAGAGACUUCGAAAACCUUGGUCCCCCAUGACUAUUGCUACAAUACAACAGUAACGGUACUGUAAUACUUAUACUGCCACCCACUCACACACACACACAGUAUUACAUACCCUAGCUUGCUCUAAUUAAUUUAAUCUAGUCUAAUCUAACUGGAUCUAAUGUUCAAUAGAGAAAACAAUAGAAUGGGAUUUACUUCACAUCACAUCAACUCAUUGAUUCCAAACAUCACAAUUUAGUUGUUGAUAAAAAAUUGAAUUUCUGUAGAUCUAUGCAUCACAGCUUUAUUUAUGCAUCAUUUUUUGGCAAUCGUCAAAAAUGGUAAUCAUAAUGAUUCAUCACUUAAUAUUGACUGUUACAAUAAUAAAGUAAAAGAUUCUCACUAAGCUCAUUAAAGACUAUCAUUAAUUAUAAUUAGUGGUCAUACUCUUUCAUUAGUGCACAAACACAAUUAUGAAUAUCAUUAAAGAUUCCACCCACUAUGAAUAUUAUAUUUCCUGUGAAAAGUUGAUACACCAACUUUAUUCAUAAUUGCCUAAGGCAUCACCAUUGACUAUACACAUAAUUAAUAUUGAUCAAUAUAUUGAAUAUUAGCAAACCCACCCACCCACAUUAGAGAGGCAGUAAACAUUACUAUUGCAACACAGCAACACAGCAAUUUAUCUUAAUAGCAACUUAUAGUUAAUAGUGUUGUUCUAUUUGAGUUGACUAUUGUUAAAUUUCAAGCAAGAGAUGAGCUGUGAAGCUGGAGUACAAGCUGAUCAAGAUAUAGAAAUUUAUGAAAUGAAACAAGAGGUUAUACAAGCUUCGGUAAAAGCACUAAUAUUGCCUUUUAAUAUUUUAGCUACACUAAUCGCGUAUGGGGCAUUGCUGGAAACAGGAGAGUUCACUGAAAGCAGUCAAAUGUUCACAUAUAUUGUCUUUCUGGGAUAUGGUGGACUUGUUCUCGGUUUUUCUGUAGCAACAAUGGUAGUCUUUGGUAUGGCUUCUCGUAACAAAUGUAAAGUUUUUGAACAAAUACUCUGGUUUAUUUUGGACGUUGUCCUGGCUGCUGGUGUAUCUGUUGCAUACUUUGUGGGAGAUAACAUGACUAUCAUGAAUGAUGCUGAAACUAGUAAUGAUAGCGAAGAAGUAGAUCUAACUGUAAUAUCAAUUCUAAUACUCAUUGGUGCAAAGUUAGGAUUCGAAAUUAUUCCACAUUUAGUAAAAUGUGGAAAAAGUGUUAAAGAAGCUAUAUGUAUGCGCAUAUGCAAGACAAAUGAUACCUGCUCUCCUGACAAAAACAAUAAUUCACCAAAUGAAGUACAAUUUUACGAAUCAUUGUUCUAUGCAGUAAUAUUAACCAUGGCUGUUGUUCCAGAGGUUGAUACAACCUAUACCAUUCUCUAUAAUCUCGUUAGUCUAACAACCAAUAUGUGUCGUACAAGGAAAUAUAACGUGCUGUGGGUAAUGUAUGGCGGAAUAAUGUUCAUUGUUAUGUUAGAAAUUAUAUAUAGAGUCUCUGAAGCAUUUAAAAAAGGUGAAAAAAGGAAUAAAAAUCCCAAGGGCUGGCUAUAUAUUAUUUUUUUAUCUAUUAUAGCAGUGUUAGCAAUAAUAAGCAAUGGGCUUUUCUUUGUUGCUGACAAUGAAUUACCACUAGACUGCACAUCACCUUUCAACAUCAUGACGCAUACAAGGGCUAACUAUAAGCUUAGAGUAGCAUUUUUAACAAUUUCAUUAGCAUUUUCAUUGGUUAUACUAGUCAUUGGAAUAAGUAGCUGGUUAUACUUUCUUUAUCAAUAUUACUUGUACAAAAAAUCAAAACCUGGCCCAAGUAACUCACCUAAAGAAUUGAAGGAAUCAACACAGGACAAUAAAACUUUGAGCACUUCAAUGUAAGUCUUGUUGACUCAGGUGCUGAAAGACUGUAAUUAAUAGUAAAACUUAUUAUUCCCAAUUUCAUUGCCAAUGAAGUGUCAUGCAUAGCUUAUAAUUUUUACACAAAUUUAGUUUUUGUAGUUACUAGACUAGUUACAUCCUUUAUGGUAUCAUAAUAUUUUGAGU